CCCAUACCCAAAUACCUCUCUAAGGCCCCAUCCCCCACUCCCCCCCUCUCUCUCUCUCUGCCAAAACCAAUGGCGUAAAGAAACAACAAAAGCAAAGGGGCGCUUGCGUGCCCGAAACCGUUGAAACAAUCGCAACCCAAAUGAGUUUUAAAUACAAAAAUUAAAACCCAUAUCGAAAAACUUUAUCUUUUCUUGAAAAUUUUGUAACUGCUUUAGUAGAAGCAGGCCACAGAGGGAAAACAGAGAGAAACAGAGUGAAACAGAGAGAGAACAGACCAGAACGGUGUCGUUUAGGUGUUGCAUAUGCUAAUGAGAAGCGAGCAUUGUGGGAUUUGUCAACCUGGGAAAGCCGGGAGAGUCUCUGUUGGAGGGUAUUUUCGACUGCAUCCAUGAAAUCACGACGGCCUUGGCUUUCUCUGCUGAUAGGAUGAGCGAUUCAGCUUACAGAGUCGAAACAACGUCGCGUCUCGCCCAAUGGAGAAUCGACAACUUGGCUUCCUGCACCUACCGCAAAUCCGAUCCUUUCAAGAUUGGCAAGUGGAAUUGGCACUUAUCUCUAGAGAAGAACAGGGUGUUGUAUGUUAAAUUGUAUCCAGAGAUAUCGAAUUUAACUAGAGAUAAUCCACCGAUUGCUUCUUUUAUUAUUCGAGUGGUCUGUUCUGUGGGUGAUCGCAAGACCUUAACUCAUCCAGAAAUUACAAACAAAAAGCUCAAGAGCAAUGAGGAUUUUGUUUGGGCAAUUGAGGUUCCCUUAACUGGAAAAUUCAUCAUAGACGUUGAAUUCCUUGAUUUGAAGACUGCGUCCGGAGACAGUGGAGAACCUUGCUCCAUCUGGGCUGAAGGAUUGACGCAAAAGCGAUCCAAUGCAACAGCUCUUGCGUCCCUUGGUCGAAUGUUAACAGAAGGCAUCCACACCGACAUCAUGAUUAACGUGUCGGAUGGAAGCAUUGGAGCUCAUCGGGCAAUUCUUGCCGCAAGAUCACCUGUUUUCCGUAGCAUGUUUUCGCAUGACCUCAAAGAGAAGGAACUGUCCACCAUAAACAUCUCUGAUAUGUCAAUUGAUGCUUGUCAGGCUUUUCUUAAUUACAUUUAUGGGAACAUCGGACAUGAAGAAUUCCUGACUAACAGGCUUGCCCUUCUCCAUGCUGCUGAUAAGUAUGACAUCUCUGACCUGAAAGAUGCAUGCCAUGAGAGUCUUUUGGAAGAUAUUGAUGCAAAGAAUGUACUUGAGAGGCUCCAAAAUGCAUCUCUAUAUCAAUUGCCGCGACUGAAAACCAGCUGCAUGCGGUAUCUUGUGAAGUUUGGUAAGAUAUAUGACAUCCAAGACGAUUUCAAUGCCUUUUUGCUAAGUGCAGACAGGGACUUGAUAGCAGAAAUCUUCCAUGAAGUUCUUAAUGCCUGGAAAGGUUUCUGAAGCCUACAAAAACAGAAGAAUGAAAUCAUAAGCGCUGUUACGUCUGUCCUAUCUUGUUAUGUCCAUGAGAUACGUGGAUUGCUAGUAAAAUUAGUGUCCAGGAUUUAUUUUCACGGUGAUUCUUUAGUCCAGAUCGAAUUUAUCUAUGUCGUCCUGUACAUAUAUAUAUUGGUUCUCAUGUCAUGACAUAGAAGCUUUCAUUCGUGUUACAGAAACACAUAUUCUUGAAUUCAAAAGUGAAA